CUCCCGUUCCAGGACAAAACAAAACGCGGUCUUGGCUCGGCAGCCGAGACGAGGUGCCUUUGCCCACCUUUGCUCCCUCCCUCCCUCGCUUUCCAUCCUGUUGCGCGGCCGCGGCGCAGGUGCGGUUGGCCAUCACAGGCCAGCCCAGCAGACAAGCAGACGGACCCUCCUCCUCUGGCCCUGCUGCCUCCUCUUCUUCCUUUUCCCUCCCUUUGACCCACCACCGCCCCCCCUCUUCGGCUCUUCCCUUCUUCCCCCACUGUCGCCGCUCCUCGUCUUCUCCUCCCUCCCUCCACUUUGCUUCUUGUUCUUGUCCUCGAUGCUCGUGGGCGGGCUCCUAUGAUCCGCCCUCCGCCGCGGGUUUCUUGAUCCGUGCCCGGCCCAAGGAAGCGGACCCCGGCCAACGACGCUCCUGACAGAUUCGCCCUGCCGCCGCUCCCUUCGAUUCCGUCCUCCCCGUCCGCGGUGUUUAGGACCUCUGCAGCGUAGCAUCUGGUCCGUCCCUGGAGAUGUCCGGCGCCCAGGAGCAGUUCGAGAUCAAGUUCCGGCUGCCGGACGGCACCGACAUCGGGCCCAGGCGCUUCCCGCCGGCGUCCACCGUCGCCACGCUCAAGGAGACCAUCAUCGCCCAGUGGCCCAAAGAUAAGGAAAAAGGUCCUAGGACUGUGAACGAUCUUAAGCUUAUUAAUGCUGGGAAGAUACUAGAGAACAACAAAACCCUAUCAGAAUGCAAAAGCCCGAUUUGCGACUUCUCUGGGAUGACAACGAUGCAUGUUGUCGUCCGUGCACCAACUUCAAGCAAACAGUCUGAUAAAAGAGCAGCAAAGAAAGCGAAAGAUUUCAGGUGCGGUUGUGCCAUUAUGUGACAGCAUUGUGAAUAGUAGCAAAGAGAAUGUGGCUAUGUCAGUUUCCUCCACCCUUUUCUGCUCUUGCUAGAGUGUUGUAUUAUGUUCAAGGCGCUUUCUCCUUUUAUUUUGUUUUGAAGUAUCACGAGAAAACUUCAGCAGCUGUUAAGUGCCCUUUAAUCAUGAGUUUGCAUCAAGCACAAAAUUUGAUGGCAGCUGGCUGCUAUUUGCCCUUAAUCUUGAGUUAUGCCAAGCACACACUUUGAAGGCAGUCAUUAGUGUCUAGACUACGAUGUCUGUCUUAUCCAAUUGCCCAUGGUUUCACGUUCUCUUCUAUAUUUAUUAUGCUACUCCAGGUGACGUGUUUAAUAUAUGCCUUCCAUGCUAGAUGAACUUUUCGGAAUGGCAUUCUAACUGAUCAAUUUCUAUUAUGUACCACUAAAACCAAUUGUAAUCUGGUAUCUGAUCUGCCAUAAAUCAGUUUGCUGGCUAUAUGUUUGAGUCACAAUGACAUGUUUUGUAACUGUUGUUCAUACACGGAAACACGGAAUUAGUAGUCCAUUGCCUGUU